AUGGAAAUUAAUAAAUCUGUGCAAGGUAACUCGACUUCAGAAAUUUUAUCACCUUCUACAGACUCUCAGUGCAAAAGUCCAAGUGUUGAUAAAAUAAAGCUAAAGUUAUCCAAAACGGGGCAGCAUCCUCAUAUUGUUCACGGAGAACAGGAUGUUAACACUGCUUCUAUGAAACGUGCAUUAAUGAAUCCUGAUUUAGAUAUUAUUGAAGUGAAACGCCCUUGUGUGGAUUCUAUAUACUCUAGGUUGCCACCAGAUGUGUCAAUAUCACCAAUAAAACAACAGCAAGCAUCACCAACAGUAAAGCAAACUGAGAAGCAGAAGAGUGAGAAAAGACUUAGAGACAUUUUAUCUAAACUGCACCAAAAAUCAACAGAACAACCAAGACAAGAUUCACCACUUCCGUUACAAAGGGUUUUAAUUGAUGAAGCACAUGACAACUCUAGCUCUUCUGGUGAUUGCAUUUUGAUAGAGGAUGAUCCUAUUGCAGAUACUGGAAAUAACCAAUAUCUUAAGUUUGGGAAAGAUAUUGAAUUAAUACGUAUGGGUGAAUCAAUGGCACAGAAUGUCGUGUCUCCUACUGUUACAACUCCUAACAGAGGAACCAUGCCAAGGAAACGAGGAAGACCAAGAAAAGAUGCUAACUUAAUUGCGCAAAAGAAAGAACAACUUGCUCAAGAAAUGCUACAAAACAGUCUCUUUCCAGCACAGCAUAUGCUUGAAGGUCUAAUGACUGGAUCUGGUGAAAGCCCAGUUAGAACAAGUCGUAGAAGUACCAGAGGACGAUCAUCAGUGGGUAAAGGAGGUAUGAUUUCUACCACACCAAGGGGGCGUGGCAGAGGCCGUGGCUCUAAACAGCAAGCUCUUCAGGUUUCAAUGGAACAGCAGAGGAUUCAACAAAUGCUGAAUAUCCAGGACCAAAUCAUUCAGCAGCAAGCUUCGGGUGAUAAUGCACAGGUUGCAUUGAAAAGUCCAGAAUCAUGGCAAUCUCAAAAUCAACAAAGUGGAAAUCUAGAAUCAUUUCAAGAUAAGAUUAAAUCUUUGACGAAACAACAUCAGGAAAUGGUGUCAAAUUCGGAUCCUCUUCAAAAUUUGCAAGCGAUGACCAGUAAUAUACCCAUUGAUUUGACUGGAGCUGAUGAUAGUUCAGAUGCUGUUAUACCCUCAACUCCUAACCAAGUGACGACUCCUCAAGAUUCUCAAAAAGAAAUGGUUGAAAAUAUGGAUACAAGUAUAUUAUCUCCAGAAGGAAUUUCUCCGUCAUCCAUUAUGAAGACUCCAGGUUCAACAAGAGCGCCAACUAGAGGUAGAAGGGGAAGAGGAUCCAGAGGAAGUCGAGGUUCUCCUAAAAAGAGAGGAAGCAGCUUGAAGGAAAAUCCACUUCCAAUGUUUGAAGAGGAUACAAGAAUGAGUGCUGAUCUUGGGAAUAAAAGUACUCCUGGAAUGCCUAUAAAAAGUGGAGUUGGUGAAGGAGCAGAUGAAUCUCAAAGUUCAAUGCACAGCUCAGCUAAUGAAAACUCAAAAUCCAAACGUGGAAGGAUGGAAGUCGGAGAUUCUGAAGGCAAGCUUGAGUUUACUGUUGAUAUGAUAGCCGAAUACCUAUGGCCCCAGCCCGAAGUGGCUUCGCCUACUAGUACUGCUACUGUUAACCAGAACAACAACACUAAUUCAGUUUCUAAUAAUACUUCUACUACAACUAAUGGUACCUCAAAUAGUUAUGAAGAAAAAUUGUUCCCUGAAAUGUAUAUGAUACAAGAACAAAUAGCCUUAUAUCUUGGUGUUACGAGUUUUAAAAGAAAAUAUCCUGAUGUGAGAAGAAGACAAGUUGAAAUGAGGGAAAGAGAUUAUAUUAUGAGUAGAAAUCUGGUUACUGAAACGUUGUGUGAUUUGGGUUUAACUGCCAUUCCUACAUGUGAAGUGCUUGAUAUUAUGUCUGCUGAUUUUCCUCAGAAAUAUGAUGAGUAUAAAAAAUAUUUACGAGAUAAACAAGCUAAAGAACUUGCUAUAAAACAACGAGCAAUGAACAAUGAUAGAAAUAAACAAAGAAGUAUAAAAGACCGCGCAAUCAGUUCUGCUUCAUCUUGGAACAGUAAAUUUAAUAAAGACCGAAUGGAGAAUCGUAAAGGUGGUUGCUUAGAUCUUCAAACAUAUGUUAUACAGAAAUCAAAAUCGGUUCGAAGAGUGCAAAGUCCAUCUAAAACAAAACCGGGUCAUUAUCCAGUUGCUUUAGUUCCUGGACAAUUUUGUGACUACUACAAGAAAUAUUCACCCAAUGAGCUUAGAUAUUUCCCAUUGGAUACUGUUUUGUAUGGUCCACAGAAGCCUAACCAACAAACACUCCCAAUUGUUGUUAACCAAGGUUCAGAUAGUUCAUCAUCCAGUUCCAGUUCUAGUGGUUCAGAUAGCGAUUCAAGUUCUGAUGAUUCAGAGGAUGAAGAUGGUCCUUCAAAUUCUGAUCGUUCAUGCCGAUUAUGUAAAGUUUCAAAACCAGGUCAAGAAUUUGUUCAAUGCACUGGCUGUAAAGCGCAUGUGCAUGCUCUGUGCGCAGGAUUACGAUCGAGAGAAUCUAUUUUAUUAUCAAAAUCUUAUGCUUGGAGAUGUAUGGAGUGCAAACAGUGCUUGCAAUGUUGUAAACCAAUACAGGCAGCUGCCAAUGGAGAUAAUUCUCUAUCUAAUGGAUUGAAUUCAAAUCAAAAAUCUCCAAAUGUGUUGCGCUGCGAACGUUGUGAUCGAUGCGCUCAUGUCGCCUGCAUUGGCAAUGGUUCUAAUAGUUCAAGUUCUAAAUGGUCUUGCACUUUAUGCAGUACAUGUGCUCGUGCAAAUCACACUGAUUCUGGUAUAACAAAAAUAGUACAAAUGCAACUUCAAUUAAGCAGUGGCGAAGGGUGGACACUCCGAGAGGUCCAAGGCAGUUGUGUCAGCCCUGUGCAGUGUAAGUUUAUAUUAUACAUAAAAUUAUAG